AUGGAUUAUUGGGAUGUAAAACUUGCUUUGAAUGGAGGCACAAGUAUGAAUAAAGUAACUAGACUUGCUAUACUUCGUAAUAAAAUAAAAAAACAUAGUUCAUCUAAAGCGCACAAGACAGGUUUUUUGUUUAUAACAAAGAAAAAAGAAAAUGUUUUAUCCAAACAACUUGAAAAAUCUGCAUUUAUCAAAAAUGAAUCAACCACUUUAGUUUUUCGUACAGCAUAUUAUAUAGCAAAAUGUAACCGUCCAUUUAAUGAUCACUUUAAUCUUUUAAAACUACAACAACUCAAUGGUAUAAAAAUUGGCACAACUCUACAUUCUAGAUUUUCUUGUACUAAUAUUGUUGACCAUAUAUCUUUAAAAAUGAAACCAAAAAUUGUUUCCAACAUUGUGGAGACUGAAGCCAAGUUAUCAGUUUUAAUUGAUGAAUCUACUACCAUCAGUGCAGUUUGUGGUAUGGUUGUUUACAUUAAAGCUUCCAUAUCUUACGACGAUCCAGUUUUUAUUUUUUUAGACCUUGUGGAGCUUGUUAGUCAAACAGCAGAAAAUAUUGUGAAUCAACUUAUUAACUGUUUAAAAGAGUCUGGUUUUAAUGAGGAUUAUUUAAUACAUAACUGGAUAUCAUUUGUAAGUGAUGGGGCAAGUGUAUUAUUGGGAAAAAAGAAUGGUGUAGCAAAGCGUUUAAAAGAUAGAUAUCCAUUAAUAUUCAGUUUACACUGUAUGAAUCAUAGAUUAGAGCUGGCAGUUGGUAAUGCAGUUUAA